AUGGCGCGUGCUAAAAAUUUGAUCGCAUUCAAAAAGCCUCUUCUGGUGUCUGUCCACUCCGACCAGGAGCCUUUCACUGCUGAUGUGCUCGUGUCACACAAUGGGGAAAUUACCUACAUUGGAAACGAGAUAGACGAAGAUAAUAUGGAAGCCGACAUAGUAAUCGAUGCCACUGGUAAAUGGUUAAUACCAGGGUUCAUAUCAGCGCACAGUCAUUUCUGGCAAAGUGCCUUUCCCGGUCAAGCGUCGGAUAAAACUGUCAACGAGUGGUCGGAGGCUAUUUAUGAGCCUGCAAUGAGAUUGACCACCCAAGAUUUCUACAAUCUUACAAUCCAAGGAGCGAGCUCUCAUGUGCGAAAAGGGAUUACAACUGCCUUCAACUUCACUUACUCACCAAGGUUCCGGGAUGGCUUGGCAGACCGUGCUCAAUUUGCCGGCGCUCUAGAUUCUGGAAUUCGCUUUAUACACGGAUUCAACAUAGGGGCGAUGACCCCUAAAUGGUCUAGAAAGCAAGCCUUUAUGCGAACUCAGAAGUUUCUGGAGUGGGCCUCUACGUUUGAGAACACUGGAAAAUAUCUUGGAACCAUGGUUGCAAAUCACGGAAUUAUGUACAAGGAGAAUAUGAGCACUCAUGCGGAAGCCGAAAUCAUGUGCAAGCUGAAUUUGCAUGGGCACCUUCAUUAUCUCGAAAAUCCUCAAUCACAGGACAUAGAGACGGAGCAGGCCCGGUGGCAAUGGCUUAAAGAUGCCGGUCUUCUUAACCGGCGACUCAUAUUGGGACAUUUCCUACAUACCACAACUUCAAUGCUCGAGGAAGCUGGUCAUGCAGGCAUGAGCGUGAGUUGGAAUCCAAUGUCCAACGGCCGUCUCGGAUCGGGUAUUGCGGAUAUUCCCGAAUAUUUGAAACACAACAUUCACAUUGGGUUGGGUGUUGACGGCGAGGCCAGUAGUGACCGUUGCGACCCGUUCGAGAAUAUGCGAAUGGGUCUUUACUCUGUUCGAGGGAAAUAUCAGGAUCUUUCCGUACUCACAACACGUGAAGUCCUUUAUAUGCACACUCUAGGAGCAGCUGGGGUGUUGGGAAUCUCAGAAAAGGUCGGCAGUCUCGAAGUGGGAAAGCAAGCUGAUAUGAUUCUUCUUGAGCCCCCAACCACCUGGAGGCUUACCGACCCAAUGUCUGCGUUGGUAUUCUCAGCGGGUGUGGAAAACAUCAACUCGGUUUUCAUCGGGGGUGUUGAGCAAUGGCCGCAAAAACCAAAUUCCGCCCCUUCCAGCUUGUCUUGGGCAUCAUGGAAAUUUCCUGUGAUAUGA